AGUUUAAACACCCCCGGCCGCGCCGCCCCGGAGUUCGCGGGACGUGCCGGGGAGCGGCUGCCAGGGGGGCCCGGCCCGGCCCGCCCCGCCCGGAGCGCCCCCGCCGCCGCCUGUGCGGGAGCCGCGGGGCCGGCGGAGCCAUGGACGGCGGCGGCGGCGGGGCCUCCCCCGCGCUGGAGAAGAACGCGGCGGAGCUGACGGUCAUGGACGUGUACGACAUCGCCUCGGCCGUGGGGCAGGAGUUCGAGCGGGUCAUCGACCAGCACGGCUGCGAGGCCAUCGCCCGCCUCAUGCCCAAGGUGGUGCGGGUGCUGGAGAUCCUGGAGGUGCUCGUGAGCCGCAACCACAUCAACCCCGAGAUGGAGGAGCUGCGCCUGGAGCUCGACCGCCUGCGCCUCGAGAGGAUGGACCGCAUCGAGAAGGAGCGCAAGCACCAGAAGGAAUUAGAGCUGGUGGAGGAUGUCUGGAGAGGGGAAGCACAGGACCUUCUCACCCAAAUUGCACAGCUGCAGGAGGAGAAUAAACAACUGAUGACAAACUUGUCUCACAAAGACAUUAAUUUCACAGAAGAGGAGUUUCAGAAGCAUGAAGGGAUGUCAGAGAGAGAGCGGCAAGUCAUGAAGAAGCUGAAGGAAGUGGUUGAUAAACAGAGGGAUGAAAUCAGAGCAAAGGACCGGGAACUCGGACUUAAAAAUGAGGAUGUAGAGGCUCUUCAGCAGCAGCAGAACAGGUUAAUGAAGAUUAACCACGACCUGAGGCACCGGAUCACGGUGGUGGAGGCGCAGGGGAAGGCCCUGAUCGAGCAGAAGGUGGAGCUGGAAGCGUAUCUGCAAACCAAGGAGCAGGAGAUGGGCACCCUGAGGGCAGAGCUGGGCAAGCUCCGAGAGAAACUGCAGGGUGAGGACAGCCAGGAGAGCCACAACGGGGAGGAAGGGAAGGCAGAACCAAACAAUGAUGAGUGUCUGUCAGAGUCAGAAAAGAUGGCACUGGACUUGAAAGAUCCCAAUCGGCCGAGGUUCACCUUGCAGGAGCUGCGGGACGUCCUUCACGAGAGGAACGAGCUGAAAUCCAGGGUGUUUUUACUUCAAGAGGAGCUUCUGUAUUACAAAAGUGAGGAAAUGGAAGAAGAAACCAGACCCCCUCAACCUCCCCCCAUAAUUCAGCCAAAACCCUCAACUCAACCUGAAUCUGGAAUCAAACGACUGUUUAGCUUCUUCUCCCGCGAUAAGAAACGUUUGCAGGCGGCGCAGAGAAACGUCCACUUCCAGGGGACUUUUGGGGAAUGGUCAAAUUCGAGUAGGGACGACUCCUACAUGGAACAAGGCCAGGAAGCCCUGCAGCACCUGUGACUGAAGCCCUGAGUGUCCUGUUUGCUGCAGUGGAUCCCACAGAGCCGUGCCCAGAAGCUCCCGUAAAGCACCGCGGCAGCUCCUCACUGGUUUCACCUCGCACACCUCGGGGUGGUUCCAGACCCUCCCGAAGGGAUCCCUCGCUGUUCCCUUGGGGACUGUUUGCUGCAAACGGAGCCCGAGCUUUGUAGUAACAGUUGCUGCCACCCUGGGACGUGGAAGCUCCUAGAUGACUUGUUCUGUGCUGAAUAACAAGUCCACAGUCUUGUUCUCGCAUUAACUACAGUAACACAAGCUUCUUGAAACCAAAAAAGGACCCGUGCCGUUGUUAGAAGUUUGUUUGCAGUGUCCAGCACCUAGUACAGGGCAAAGACUCUUCCACCCUGGUUGUUAACACUAUUGGUUGUUUGCUUUUUCAUUUCUGUGAGAAUUUUUUUUUCAAGAGGGACACGACAGCCGGACCCCCUCGGUGGCAGCUCGAGCUGUGCUGUGUCCCGUCCGUGCCGCUGGCAUCGGCACCCUGAGGAGGAGCCCCUGGGAAGCCACCUGGCCCAGGGAGAAACUGGAGCGGCCUCGGGAGGGGCACUGAGUGUGCAUUUCCCUCGUGCUUAGAGUGCCUAAAGCAUGAAGAGUCCUGGAUGAGGUGAGCGUGCCUUGUGUUUUGCCCUGAGUUCUGCAGUGUUAAUGGAGUACAAAUUGCUCACAGGGAGGAAUCCCAACUCUUGGAUUGUUUCCUUCUUACUGGGGACUCCCCUCCUCCAAGAGCAGCAGGCAGCUGCUGGAAAGGAAUUGGAGCUUUCCCUCAGACAAGUUUUGAAUGAAGUCACACUCCAGUUUCCUGUCCAGGUAAAAGU